AUGACGGGGCUGAAUGUGAACGGCCAGGCCGCGGCUGCACCCGCAGCGAUUUCGCCGUCGCUGCGGACGCCUUCGCCGGCGCCGCCGGCGACAUCGGCGCCAGUUGGCACGCCUGGUGUCUCUCCCAUGGUGCUGGAGCUCGCGGACGGUACCGUGUUCCAGGGCCUGAGCUUUGGUGCUGAGGGCAAGAGCAUUUCCGGCGAGUGUGUCUUCCAGACCGGUAUGGUCGGCUAUGUCGAGUCGCUCACGGACCCGUCGUACGAGGGCCAGAUCCUUGUUCUGACGUACCCGCUGAUCGGUAACUACGGUGUGCCGGCGCGCCCCCAGGGCGAAGAGGUGCCGAAGCUCAAGGCGCCGUUCGAGUCGUCGCGCAUCCACGUCGCGGGUCUUGUCGUGGCCUCGUACAGCCACGACUUCAGCCACUACCUGGCUGCAUCGGGGCUGAGCGACUGGCUCCAGGAAAAUGGCGUGCCGGCCGUGUACGGCAUCGACACGCGCGCGCUGACGAAGCGCAUCCGCACGAAGGGUAGUAUGCUUGCGCGCCUCCUGGCGCCGCUACCCGAUGCGCCGGCGGAGGGCCCCUGGGACAAGCGUGUGAUGAACGUGCCGUGGCACGACCCGAACGGCGACAACCUUGUCGUGCGGGUAUCGCGCCAGCGCCCUGAGCUGUACACGCCGCAGGACACGGCGCCUGCUGGGCUGCGCACGGUCAACGAGCCACAGCUGCUGCACGCGUCGGGUCGUCCCCUGCGUGUGCUGGCGCUGGAUAUGGGCAUGAAGCUGAACCAGAUCCGCUGCUUUACAUCUCGUGGCGUGGAGCUGAAGGUGGUGCCGUUUGACUAUGACUUUCUGCAUGAGCCGGAGCCGUACGAUGGUCUGUUCAUUUCGAACGGUCCAGGUGAUCCCACGCAGUGCAUGGGCACGGUGGAGCGCAUCCGUGCGCUGCUCUCACGCACGGACGACGUGAUCCCGGUCUUUGGUAUCUGUCUGGGCCACCAGCUGCUUGCGCUUGCGGCUGGCGCACGCACGGCGAAGAUGAAGUACGGUAACCGUGGCCAGAACAUUCCCUGCACGGACCAGCUCUCCGGUCGCUGCUACAUCACGUCGCAGAACCACGGUUAUGCCGUGGACGGCGCGUCGCUGCCGGCGGGUUGGGCGGAGCUGUUUGUGAACGCGAACGACCACACGAACGAGGGUAUCUACUGCGAGCACGCGCCCUUCUUCAGUGUGCAGUUCCACCCCGAGAGCACCGCGGGACCGCGCGACACCGAGUACCUGUUUGACGUGUUCGUGCGUAGUGUCGUGGACAAUGCGGCUGUGCGCCACGCGUCGGGCGGUGCAUCGCUUGCGCAGGGCCCGACAGCGUUCCCGGGCGGCACACUGGCGGAAAACGAGGCGGCCGCGCCGCGCCUGCACCCCCGCAAGGUGCUUGUGCUGGGUAGUGGUGGUCUGAGUAUCGGCCAGGCAGGCGAGUUUGACUACAGUGGCUCGCAGGCGAUCAAGGCUCUGAAGGAAGAGGGCAUCUACACAGUGCUGAUCAACCCCAACAUCGCGACGAUCCAGACGUCGGCGGGUCUCGCGGACAAGGUGUACUUUUUGCCGGUCACCCCCGAGUUUGUGCUCAAGGUGCUGCGGCAUGAGCGCCCCGAUGGUAUCUACUGCACGUUUGGUGGUCAGACGGCGCUGAACGUCGGUAUCAAAAUCAAGGACGAGCUGGCGCCGCUGGGCGUGCGCAACCUCGGCACGCCGAUCGACACGAUUAUCAAGACAGAGGACCGUGACCUGUUCGCGCGUGCGAUGGAGGAGAUCAACGAGCGCUGUGCUCCGUCGGCGAGCGCCAACAACUGGGACGAGGCGCUUACGGCGGCGCGCACGAUUGGCUACCCAGUGAUCGUGCGUGCAGCGUUUGCGCUGGGCGGUCUCGGCUCGGGCUUUGCGAAGAACGAGGACGAGCUGCGCCGUUUGUGCCACACGGCCUUCGCCAACAGCCCACAGGUGCUGGUCGAGAAGAGCAUGAAGGGCUGGAAGGAGAUCGAGUACGAGGUGGUGCGCGACUGCCGCAACAACUGUAUCACGGUGUGCAACAUGGAGAACUUCGACCCGCUGGGUGUGCACACCGGCGACUCGAUUGUCGUGGCGCCCAGCCAGACGCUCUCCGAUGAAGACUACAACAUGCUGCGCACGACCGCGGUGAAUGUCAUCCGCCACCUUGGCGUGGUGGGUGAAUGCAACAUCCAGUACGCGCUGAACCCCCUUUCGAAGGAGUACUGCAUCAUCGAAGUCAAUGCGCGUCUGUCGCGCUCGUCGGCGCUGGCGUCGAAGGCCACGGGCUAUCCCCUUGCGUUUGUCGCGGCCAAGCUGGGUCUGAACAUCCCCCUGAACGAGCUGCGCAACUCGGUGACGCGCGAGACUUCGGCGUGCUUCGAGCCAUCGCUCGACUAUAUCGUCACCAAGAUGCCGCGCUGGGACCUGCGCAAGUUUAUGCGCGUCAGCUCGAAGCUGGGCAGCAGCAUGAAGAGUGUCGGUGAGGUCAUGUCGAUUGGCCGCACGUUCGAGGAGAGUCUGCAGAAGGCGAUCCGCUCGGUCGACCCCUCGUUUGAGGGCUUUGGCCGCAACGACCACGUCGACCUGGCGGAUCUGGACGAAGAGCUCGAGCGCCCGACGGACCGCCGCAUCUUCGCGAUCGCCAACGCCAUGGCACAGGGCUACUCGGUCGACCGGCUGCACCAGCUGACAAACAUCGACCGCUGGUUCCUCAAGAAGCUGGAGGGCAUCAUGGCCGUGGCCCAGGCAAUGGAGGAGAGCAGCGCUGCGCAGAUUCCUGCGGCACUGCUGCGUCAGGCGAAGCAGGUCGGUUUCUCCGACCGCCAAAUUGCCAAGUGCUCCUCGAGUGCGGAGCUGGCGGUGCGCCGCCGCCGCCAGGAGCUGGGCAUUGCGCCCUUCGUCAAGCAGAUCGACACGGUGGCCGCCGAGUUCCCCGCGCAAACCAACUAUCUGUACACGACGUACAAUGCGGUGGAGCACGACGUCGCCUUCAACGACAAGGGUGUCAUGGUGCUCGGCUCGGGUGUGUACCGCAUUGGCUCGUCGGUCGAGUUUGACUGGUGUGCGGUGCGUGCGAUCCGCACGCUGCGGGCACAGGGUUACAAGAUGGUGAUGGUGAACUACAACCCCGAGACGGUGUCGACGGACUACGACGAGGCGGACCGUCUGUACUUUGAGAACAUCUCGCUCGAGACGGUCAUGGACAUCUACGAGCUCGAGCAGUCGAGCGGCGUCGUCAUCUCGAUGGGUGGUCAAAUCCCCAACAACAUUGCGCUGCCGCUGCACCGUCAGGGCGUCAAGGUCCUUGGCACGUCGCCCGAGAUGAUCGACAAUGCAGAGAACCGCUACAAGUUCUCGCGCAUGCUCGACCGCCUGGGUGUCGACCAGCCCAUGUGGAAGGAGCUGUCGUCGCUGGAGGACGCCUACAGUGCAUGCGCACGCUUUGGCUACCCCGUCCUCGUGCGCCCGUCCUACGUGCUGAGCGGCGCGGCGAUGAAUGUCGUGUACUCAGCGGAGGACUUGAGCAACUACCUGUCUCAGGCCGCGGCGAUCAACCGCGAGCACCCAGUGGUGAUCACCAAGUACCUGGAGGGCGCCAAGGAGAUCGAGAUGGAUGCAGUCGCCAAGGACGGCAAGCUGAUUAUGCAUUACAUCUCGGAGCACGUCGAGAAUGCAGGCGUGCACUCGGGUGAUGCGACGCUGAUUCUGCCGCCGCAGGACCUUGAGCCGGAGACGGUGCGCCGCAUUGAAGAUGCGACGAGCAAGAUUGUCGAGGCGCUCAACGUGACUGGCCCGUGCAACAUCCAGUUCAUCGCAAAGAACAACGAGAUCAAGGUGAUCGAGUGCAACGUGCGCGCUGCGCGCUCGUUCCCCUUCGUCUCCAAGGUGACCGGCGUCGAUGCGAUCGAAAUGGCCACGUGUGCGAUGAUGGGCCUGCCCGUGUCGCCGUACCCGAAGGUCAGCCUGCCGAAGGAGUACGUGGGAAUCAAGGUGCCGCAGUUCUCCUUCUCGCGUCUGAGCGGCGCGGACCCGAUUCUCGGUGUGGAAAUGGCGUCGACCGGCGAGGUCGCGUGCUUCGGCCGCAACAAGUACGAGGCGUACCUGCGCGCCAUGCUCGCGUCGGGUAUCCGCCUCCCAACGAACAAUGUGCUGCUCAGCGUCGGCUCGUUCAGCGAGAAGCAGGAGCUGCUGCCGUCGGUGCGCACACUGCACGAGCUGGGCUUCACGCUCUACGGCUCGUCCGGCACCGCCGACUUUUACACGGAGCACGGCAUCCCCGUCGUGCACCUCGAGGCGCUGCCCGAGGACGACGACUGGCGCAGCGACGACAACAGCAAGGCGUCGUACUCGCUGCUGACGCACUUGACGCAGGGCCUCAGCUCGCUGUUCAUCUCGCUGCCAAGCAAGAACAAGUACCGCCGUCCCUCGUCAUUCACGUCCAUGGGCUACCGUGCGCGCCGCCUCGCCAUCGACCGCUCGAUCCCACUGCUCACGAACGUCAAGAACGCCAAGCUGUUUGUCGAGGCGCUCGCGAUGCACCGCCGCCAGGGCGGCACCUUGGAGAUUCUCCCGAUCGAUGCGAAGACGUCGCACAUCACGUGCCAGUUCCCCGGCCUGGUGGGGGCGCCGGCGGUGGUCCCGACGCUGGGUGCGCUCGACAAGGCGGGCGUUGCUGCGUACACGCGCGCAGCUGCACAGGCCGGCUUUACGUCGCUUGUACUGCACCCUGUUGGCAAGGCGGGUUCGAUCGUCGACGACGCCUCGCUCUCUGUCGCGGAGGCCGCGCUCGAGGGACAGUGUGCCGUCGAUGUCUCGCUGACGCUCCUCGCGACGCCCGAGCACGUCGAGCAGUUCGCGCUGCUCGCCCCCCGCGUGCGCGCCCUGUUUGUGUCGUACCACGGCAGCGCGCGUGAGGCGAGCCUGCGGCCUGCCAUGGUCGCGAGCUACUUUGCCCACUGGCCGGAGGACAAGCCGAUCAUUACGGAUGCCGCCGGCGCCGAGCUCGCGUCCGUGCUCCUCAUCGCGAGCCUGCACAGCCGCCCGAUCCACGUCACCAACGUGCGCACGCGCGACGACCUCCAGCUCAUCACGCUCUCCAAGGCCAAGGGCCUGAGCGUCACAUGCGAUGUGCCGGUGUAUGCGCUCUUCUUCGCGAGCGACCGCUACCCCGCUGCGGCGUGCCUGCCGAGCGCGGAGGACCAGGCAGCGCUGUGGCAGAGCCUGGACGAAAUUGACGCGUUCUCGCUCGGCCCGAUGCCGUGCCAGCUUGCCGAGCAGCUCGGUCAUGCGGCGCCGUCGACGGCCGGCCUCAGCGAGGUGAUGCACCUGCUGCUCAACGCUGUGAACGAGGGCCGCCUCACCGUCGAAGCCGUGCAGGAGCGCCUGUGCGAGCAGCCGCGCACCAUUUUCCAGCUGCCCGAGCAGGUCGACACGCUCGUCUCAGCCGAGGUCGACCGCGUCGUGCGCGACGUGGCGCGCGACGGCUGGUCGCCGCUCGACACUGCGUCAUGCCACGGCGCGAUCGAGCGCGUACAGCUGCGCGGCAAGACCAUUGUGCUGGAUGGCAACAUGCUCGUGGAGCGCGCCACGGGCUCGAACGUGAGUGCACUCGCGAGCGUCAAGCCUGCUGAGACAAAGGGCGCUGACGUGGUGCCCAUGUCGCCGGUGCUCACGCGCUCGCCGCGCCGGCGUGGAACGGGUCUGCGCCCGCUCACGAGCAUGGACGAGUUCCGCGUCGAGUCCGACGUGUCGCCCGCGCUCGGUCCCGCGCUCCCGACGCGCAUGUCGCUGUACCACCCCUCGUUUGCCCGCCGCCACAUUCUCUCUGUGCGCCAGUUCUCGCGCGACGACCUACACGCGCUGUUUGCUGUGGCGCAGGAGCUGCGUUUCCUUGUGGAGCGCCAUGGCGUGCUGGACAUUCUACGUGGCCGUGUGAUGAGCACUCUUUUCUACGAGGAGUCGACGCGCACCUCGUCGUCGUUCGAGGCGGCGAUGCUGCGUGCGGGUGGCCAGGUCGUGACGAUCAACACGUCGCGCUCGUCGGUCGCCAAGGGCGAGACGCUGGCGGACACAGUGCGCACGCUCGGCUGCUACAGCGACGUGAUUGUGCUGCGCCACCCUGCGGUCGGCUCGUCGCAGGAGGCGGCCAAGUUCUCGCCGGUGCCGAUCAUGAACGCCGGCGACGGUGUAGGCGAGCACCCGACGCAGGCGCUCCUGGACGUGUUUACGAUCCGCGAAGAGCUUGGUACGGUGAACGGUCUCACCGUCACGCUGCUGGGCGACCUGAAGAAUGGCCGCACGACGCACUCACUCGUGCGCCUGCUCUCGCUGUACGGCGUCACGUUCAACUUUGUCAGCCCCGCAUCGCUUGCCAUGCCGCGCGAAGUCGUGCGUGAGGUGUCGAAGCACGGUAUCUCCAUCUAUGAGACGUCGAGCCUCGACGAGGUGCUCCCCAAGACGGAUGUGCUGUACGUGACACGCAUCCAGCGCGAGCGCUUUGCGUCUCCGGAGGAGUACGAGGCAGUCAAGGGCUCGUACGUCAUCGACAACGACGUGCUCGCGCGUGCGAAGGCUGACAUGAUCGUCCUGCACCCGCUUCCGCGUGUCGACGAGAUCGACCCCGAGGUCGACUUCGACAUCAAGCGCGCCGCCUACUUCCGCCAGAUGCGCUGCGGCCUGUUUAUCCGCAUGGCGCUCCUCGCCAUGACGCUCCAGUCCAGCGAUCGUUCGUAG